AUGGAUAAAACACACAAUUACACAAGUGCUUUUUACAUUUUAGAUUUUAAUUUAUAUCAAAAUUGUUCAACCAAAAUUUGGAGUUUUAUAAAAUAUCCACCAACAGAGGAUAUAAUAAUUAUUAGCUUUAGGAAUGAUUUUGAAAGAGAACUUUUUCACUCGGUAAAGUUAAGUCUUAAAAAUGAAAUAGAAUGGAUGGAAAGUUAUAAAUUUAUAAAUUUAAAAAGUUUUGAAAAUUGCCCAUUUAUUUUUUUAGUAAAAACAUAUUUAUACAACGAAAUUCAUGGUGUAUAUUUUAAAAAUAUUAAAAUUGUAACAAAAAAAGUUUAUGGAAAAAUAUAUAAAACUAUUUUAAAAUCAUAUUUUUAUAAUUUUGUAAAAAAUAAAUGGAACAAAAUUAAUUUGUCAAAAAACAUACAAUUGAAUAACAUGGUUGACGAUAGCUUGGGUGUCUUUAAUGAACAAGAAAAAAAAAAAAAAAAAAAAAAAAAAAAUUAUUUUAAUAAAUUUAAUCAUUAUGAAUAUGACUUAAAAAAUAAAAUUAUCAAUAUACCAUCAAAUAAUGAUAGAUAUAAUUAUUUACUAAAUAGAACAUUUUUAAUAAAUACGUGUGUAGAAAAAAAUAAGCAUCUUUCUACUACCCAUAAAAAGGGAAAUGGUAGAAAAAAUUUGAGUAACUUGUUACGGACAUGUAGUGAUUUUUGCUAUAAAAAAAGUAGAGAUAAUAAUUAUGCAUAUUCAUGUUUUAAAGAUAAAUUAUAUAAUAAGAGUAAGACCGAUUUAAAUGAUUUGAGCUGUAUCAGAUUUAAGAUUAAAAAUACAAGUUUGUGUGUAUGUGUGGCAAGCAUAAAUGUGUUUGAACAUAUUAAUGGAUUAAAUUAUUAUAAAAAUUUAUUUUCUAAAUAUAGAAAUGGUGAAAAAAAUAAAAAUACAAAAAGUGAUUAUAUAGAUUAUUGCCUAAACUAUUAUACUAUCUGUUGUAAACAACUAUAUAAUUAUUUUAUAAAUAAAUUAAUUUUUGAAACAAAAAAAAAAGAUAUCCACAUAUUUAACAAUGAUAUUAUUAUUUUCUUUGGAUUUGAAACAAAUAUCCUUAUUGAAAAAAAAGAAAAUGAAAUAAAAAACAUACUAAAUGAUUAUUCCAUUUUUCCUGACAAAAAUUUUGUCAUAUUAAAUAAAAAAAAUAUUAUUAAACCCAAAGCUUAUUCAACAUUAAUUAUUCCUGGUGAUGGUGCAAAGGAAUUUAAAUUAGUUGGUUUUAGACUUAUAUGUAAUUUAAUCAUAAAUAAUAAUAAUAAUGAUGUUAUAAAAAAAGUAGAUAACCAUAUUGAAAAAGAUAAAAUAAAAAAUAUGAUUUCUGUAUCACCCAAUUUUAUAGAUUUAAAUAUUAUUAACACUUAUCAGGUUUAUCAAACUAGUUUUACUUUAUCUUAUGAAUUCAAUGAUACAACUUCUCAAAACAUAUUCGUUUCAAAUAUUGAUCAUAAACAUUCUGAUGUAAUAGGUAUACAUGUUGAUGCUAAUUAUCCUACCACACCAGAGACUAGUCAGGCCGAGCAAAACGAGGAAAAUGAAUUUAUCAUGUUUACUACUGACCACGACAAUAAUAAUGGAACCAACCUUGAUACUAAAAAUAGUCAACUUCCAAUUUUGUUUGAAGAGAAUUUAAAAAAAAAUAUAUUCGAGAAAUGGCAUACUAAUAUAAGCACCAUUUUUAAUAAAAAAAAGAGUAGCAAUAUUAAGUCUAAAGUUGUAAAAAAAAACGACAACUAUUGUAGAUCUAGUGAGACAAUAAGUUUAAACCCUAAAGAGAUAAAAAAGGAUAAGGAUAUAAAUAUAGUUUGCAAUGAUAAUAAUAAAAAAAUUGGGGAUACAAUUCCAGAGAAGUUAUAUUUUUCCAUAUUUUGUUAUGAUAAAACAAAUAAUUGUAGUAUCCCCAUAAAUUUAUAUUCAUUUUUACAUAUAAAACAAAAUAGUAUAUUUAAAUAUUUCGAACAAAAUAUAUGCUUUAAAAAUGAUAAAAAUAAUAUAUACAACAAAUAUAAUUUUAAUAUUUUAAGACAUGUAUAUAUAUAUCCAUAUAAAGGAGUUUUACAACCAAAUAGUAAAAAGGUAAUAAGACUUCAUAUAUAUAUUGAACAAAUGCUAAAGCAAACUAAAAAAUUAAAAGAAAAUUUUAUUAUUAUAAUAUAUACACACAAUUAUAGGAAAUAUUUAUUUAUCACAUUUAAAUGUACUUUAAUGAAUAAUAUACUUUUUACAUUCAUAAACAAUAAAGAUAAAAAAGGAUGUGAUAAAAAAGAUGGUGAUAAAAAAGAUUGUGACAAAAAAGAAUGUGUAAAACAAUUUUCAACCAAAUCAAAAUUGCAAAAUGAAAAAAAAAAAAAAAAAAAAAAAAAAAUAGCCAAGCCAAUUUGCACACACAUUAAACCAAACUUAGCAAUACAUAACCAAGUAAAAAAAACAUCGUAUAAUUUGAAAAAAUUUAUAAUUGCAAAAAAGGAAGAUAAGGAAGAUAAGAACAGUUUAAGUAAGUUUUGCCCUGCCAAUUUUGAAAAGCUGUUUUUAUUUUUAUUUUUUACUCUAGAGCAUUAUGAAAAAAAGUUACACACUAGUGUGGAUGAACUAGAGGAAGAAGCUUUUUCGUUUUUAAAAAUGUCACAUAUAGACAAUUAUAAUAUUAUUUAUUUAUUUGAUAAUUUUAGUAAUAAAAAUAUUAAGGAAGAAAUUUACAAUUUGAAUUUUAUAAAAAAAAAAUGUUUAUUUCGAGAAAUAUUUAAAGGGACUAGAGAAGAGAAUAACAAACUUGGUAUGGAUGAAAUAAAUAAAUUAGUUUUAAAAAUAAAACAAAAUAAGAAAAUAGAUAAAAAUAUUUCAAUAAAUUUGAUUUUAUUUUUAUGUGAAGAAUUAUUAUAUAUAAUAAAUAAAACUAUGAUAUAUUUUAAUGCAACAGAUUAUAUAAGAAAUAUAUAUAACAAUUUGUCUAUAAAUAAAAUCAAAAGAAUGAAUAUAAUUUUUUAUAAUAUUUUAAAACAAUCACCUUCUAUAUUUUAUAAAAACAUUUUUUUACUUUUUAUCUCAUUUUUUAAAAAAUUAUUUCUUUAUUUUGUUCAUCUAUCUAUACAUAAUUUUUAUGUACUGGUUAUGAAGAAGGAAACACAUUUUCUCCAUACCAUUUUAGACAAUGAAAUAAAACAAAAAGAAAAAGUUAUUCUUAAUUAUUAUUUCCAUGCCUUUUUACAUGCUUUUCAUUUUUUUUAUGUAUCUUUUUUAUGUUAUUUAUCUUAUUUUUUUUUGAAUUUUUUGGAUAUACAAAUAGCGUUUGAUUUAGCACAUCAUAUAUUAUUCUACAUGUAG